AUUCCUGAGGAGCGGAAGUGGGUUGCUUUGAGUCGGCGGAGUCUUGCUUGAGCGGAUCUCCCUAUCGGCUUGCGGAGGUGCUUCCUCGCGCUAGUGUGUUGGGGGCGGCCCCUGCCGGACCAGCACAGCCCCAGGACAGGACUCGAAGAUACUGAAAUCUGCCUGGCUCCACAUUCUUUGUAAGCCAGAGGAUGAGUAACCAGCAGGCAUGAGAGGUUGAAAAUAUUCCACUUCGCUGCAAACCUGGGUAGAGAUCACUUCCCUUUCUGUAGGUUGGAGCCAAGGAGCACAAUGAGUACAAGAAAGCGCCGUGGUGGAACAGUAAGUUCUAGACAAGCCCAGAAGCGAACUCGGGAAGCAGCCUCCACCCCUGAGAUUUCCUUGGAAGCAGAACCCAUAGAACUUGUGGAAACUGCUGGAGAUGAAAUCGUGGACCUCACCUGUGAAUCUUUAGAGCCCGUCGUCGUGGACCUGACUCACAAUGACUCUGUUGUGAUUGUUGACGAAAGGAGGAGGCCAAGGAGGAACGCCAGGAGGCUGCGCCAAGACCAUGCUGACAGCUGCGUAGUGAGCAGUGAUGACGAGGAGUUGUCCAGGGACAGAGAUGUGUAUGUGACCACCCACACUCCCAGAAACGCCAGGGACGAGGGGGCCACAGGACUCAGGCCCUCUGGUACUGUCAGUUGUCCCAUCUGCAUGGACGGAUACUCAGAGAUUGUGCAGAAUGGACGUCUCAUUGUCUCUACAGAGUGUGGCCACGUCUUCUGUAGCCAGUGCCUCCGUGAUUCCCUUAAGAAUGCUAACACUUGCCCAACUUGUAGGAAAAAGAUCAACCACAAACGAUACCACCCCAUUUAUAUAUGAAGUGUCAGAGCUGCUCAGGAGAGAUGGAUGGACAGACAGCCCAGCUUGGUUCCUCACAUGGUAUCUGCCUCCAAUUUCCUGAGCUCAAAAAGACUGUUUCAAAACCAACAUCUGAUAUGUAAACUUCUCUUUUGUUUCCAACCCCCUUAGAUCCUUUUGUAAUCUCGUUUGAUGCUCUGGAGCUGGACCAGGGCCUUCCCCAUCUGGCUCUGUAUCUCUGCUCCUCUGGGGUGGUUUCAUCUCAGAGUAGGAGAAAGAGAGUCAGGACAUUGCAGUUGAAAAUUGUGGUUCCAGCCUUUCUGGGCCUACAUUUGCCAAGAAGUUCCCCUGUUUGGAAAGCUUGCCCCAUUUCUCCCAGUCGCACGACCUUCCCAGGCACCUGUCAGUUGGCCAGUCUGUCUACCACACAGUAACCAAGCCAGACACGGUCCACUCGACCCAAGGGUUCCAGGUGCAGGAGUGGCCCCCUGGAAAGCCCAACCACUGGACCUUUUUUUUCCCCCCUCGAGGGUCAGAAGUGACCUGUGAUUCUGCCUGCACCUUGUCAUUGAUAUGCAGUGUUUUCUGCAAAUCAAGAACCUCUGCAGGGCAAUCCCGUUUCCUAAGAACGAAAAGUGCAAUAAAGCCCGUUCUUCACUCCCCUACAGCAGUCCAGGAGAUGUAGCACUGUCAGCGCCCUCCUCAGAGCCCUAAUGUUGCCUGUGGAGCAGUGCCCGUCCCAUCCUGUCUCUGCUCGCCAAAUGUUCUCAGGAACCUUACCCGUGCUCCAAAGUUCUCCACCUGGCACAGGACAUUCAAGGUCAAUAGGGCAGGCACGUAUUUGGGUGUCCUCUCUUUUCUGAUAAAAUCCGUCCUGUGUUGGCCACCUGCCCUCCAGUCCUCAGUCCCUCAGUUCCUACUGCCUAUGUCUGCCCAAGCGUAGAUACCAAGAGGUGGUGGCAGUAACUGUGGCCUUAUCAGCCGCUCACUUCCAUGCUUUUGCCCAAGUCGCUGGUGCCCCUGUUUCAAAGAUUUUGGCCCACUGGACCUGCCCUGGCUUGGCUUCUAACCCUCCCCCACAAGUCAACACUUAAUUCAGAAGCUGCUCUUCUGGCCAGCUGGGCUCUGAUCCUUUGGGCUUUUGACUGCUUCAUAGGUUUGGUUGGCAGAGCACAGUAGUAACUCUUUCUCUGCAAGGGCCUGAUGACAACCUCUACUACAUAGGUAUGUGGGAGCCUCUGGUUCCCUGGGAGAGGACAAGGUGAUCCAGACUGCCCCUGAGGCACUGGGGUGGCUAGUAAGGGAGAGGCCUCUCCUGCAAUGCAGGCCAGCCUCUGCCGCCACACCCGCCUUAGAGGGCUUCAAGCCAAACCAACAGCCUUUUCAUGCGAAACACCUUCCUGUGGGAAAGGGGCCCUUCUGGCUUUGCUAGCAAUAACUGACCUUCAGCGCACUCUCCUGGAGGAGCAGGGACUCCGCAGAGUUCACUUUAGACAGGGCUGAAGGAGCGCCCUUCCUCUCUGUGAAAGAAAAAUUUCAUUCUUCACUCGACUUCUCAGCCACCUGGCUCACUUCCAGUUAGUUUGAAUGAGAGUCAUGAUUUUCCUCAUGGAGUUGAAGAGGGUAGGAGCUUCUGUGCUCAUCAUAGUGAUGUGCUGCGUGCCUGUCCCCCACUGGACAUCAUGGCUGUGAAGUCUCCUCCAGGCUUCACGGAAGUGCUCUUGUUAGGUUGUAGCAACACAGACUUCGAGGGCCAAGGUGACCGUGAAGCUGUCAAUCCAUAGAUGUGCUGACACCCAUUUAAAAUUUUCUUUGUAUUUUAUCCUUUAAGACAACUUACGUCAUGGAUUAUAAAAGUUGCAUUACUUCAUCCUAAAUUAAAUUGGGAAAAAAGUGCGUUUAGUUUCUACUAAUGAGAAACUGCAAAUUAGGUAAAGACUGGUGUGGGAAAAAAAAUCCCUUUCCUCAGUGUACAUAGUUCAGCUCUUUGUUACAUUUAAACUGUAUCCAUGGACAUCAGUCUGUUUUGGACUCCUCUGCUAGUGUUAAAGAUGUAAAUAAAACCAUUAAUUUGG